AUGGAAGUGAACAGGCUGUUCAAGAUAAGCGCCCUCGGGCUGACGAUGACUUCUAUAUCGUAUGGUCAUACCAACUCGGGUGUACAGGUGGGGAUCAAUCACGGCCCGAUUUAUCCUUCCGCAGAGAGACCGGAAACUCCACCUCGCCCUCUAUCAACCGUUCCGUUCCGUCGUGACCCAGACUUUAUUGAUCGGAGAUCGCUACUCGAUCAGAUAUCCGAAAAAGGGACUACCCCUGGGGCUCGGGUAGCGCUUGUUGGCCUUGGUGGUGUUGGAAAAUCUCAACUUGCGAUCGAAUACUGUUACCGAAUCCGAGAACAAUCGCCUGAGACAUGGGUUUUCUGGAUUCACGCAGGUAAUACCGCUCGUUUUGAGCAGAGCUGCUGGGAUAUCGCCGACCGAGUCAAGAUCCCUGGGCGGAGGAAUUCGGCGAAUAUAUUUAAAGUCAUUCACGACUGGCUUUCCGAUGAGAGACAUGGAAAAUGGGUUCUCAUUCUCGAUAAUGUGGAUGAUAGUCGUUUCCUCCACGAAGUUCCGCCGGUUGGCCAGGGCGGGCAACAGAGCGAUGGAACGUCCGGGCGACCACUCUCAACAUACCUCCCGAUUAGCCCCCAUGGGUCAAUGAUCGUAACAUCCCGAAGCAGAGGUGCAGCAUAUAGCAUCGUGGAUGACAGCGAUGUAAUUACGAUAGAGCCGAUGGACCCGUUACAAGCAACGAUUCUCUUCGAAAAGAAGCUAGGAUCGCAAGUAGAGAAGGAGAUUAUCCUUCAGCUAGCGACUGCACUUGAUUGUAUGCCACUUGCGAUAGUGCAAGCCGCAGCUUAUAUCAAGCAAAGAACACCACGGCUCUCGGUGCUACAAUAUCUCAAAGAAUAUCAGAAGAGCGACCGCCAAAAAACGAGCCUCCUAGCAUAUGACGGGGGACAGCUGCGUCGGGAUAGAGAAGCGAAGAACUCCAUCCUUAUUACCUGGCAAAUAUCAAUCGACCAUAUACAGCGAACCAAGCCGGCGGCAGCAGAUCUCCUGUCGCUUAUGAGUUUCUUCGAUCGCCAAGGCAUUCCUGGAACUUUGCUUCAACGUCGGGCAACGACGGGAGGCGACGACAAAAUAUCCGCCUUGGAGGACGAGGCAGUCUCCUCAUCUGGAACAGAAUCUCGCGUGGACGAUGAGUUUGAAGAGAAUAUCUUGGUAUUGAGAAAUUACUCGAUGAUCUCAACAAGUAUGGAUGGAGCGACAUUCGAAAUGCAUCGGCUGGUACAACUAGCUAUGCGGAAAUGGCUUGAGGCCCACGGACAACUCGAACACUGGAGGCGACGGUUUAUCGAGAUACUUUAUUGCGAAUUCCCGAAAGGCAAUUUCGAGGAUUGGGGGGCGUGCCAACCGCUCUUUACACAUGUGCAAUCUGCUGUCAUACAACCACCGGAUGAAGAAGAAAUACUGACAAAAUGGGCCGACCUACUUCAUAGAGCAGCAUGGUUUGCGAUCACAAAGGGAGAUGUUCUCGAGAGCGAGAAAAUCGCAAUAUUGGCUAUGAAGACAAGAGAGAGAUUGUUCGGGCCACAUGACGAGCAAACGAUUGAUAGUUAUGAAAUGGCCGGGCUAGCAUAUAGGCUAAACGGGAAAUGGAAGGACGCAGAAAUCUUGCAGUUGCGAGUGAUGAAAACCCGCAGGCAGGUGCUCGGGCUAGAGCAUCCCAAAACUCUGACCAGCAUGUCCAAUCUAGCUACAAUAUACCGGUACCAAGGACGGUGGAAAGAGGCUGAAGAUCUCCAGGUGCGGGUGAUGGAGACUAGUAGGCAGGUACUUGGGCCAGAGCAUCCCGACACUCUGAGUAGCAUGUCUAACCUGGCAUCAACAUACUGGAACCAAGGACGAUGGAAGGAGGCUGAAGAUCUCGAGAUACGGGUGAUGGAGACCCGUAAGCAGGUGCUCGGGCCAGAGCAUCCCGACACUCUAAGAAGCAUCGCCAACCUAGCAACAAUAUACUGGAACCAAGGACGAUGGAAGGAGGCUGAAGAUAUCGAGGUGCAGCUGAUAGAGACUAGCAGGCAGGUGCUCGGGCCAGAGCAUCCCGACACUCUAAGAAGCAUCGCCAACCUAGCAUCAACAUACUGGAACCAAGGACGAUGGAAGGAGGCUGAAGAUCUCUACGUACAGGUGAUAGAGGCUAGCAGGCAGGUGCUCGGGCCAGAGCAUCCUGACACUCUGAGUAGCAUAGCCAACCUGGCAGUAACAUACCGGAACCAAGGACGAUGGAAGGAGGCUGAAGAUCUCCACGUGCAGGUGAUGGAGACCCGCAAGCAGGUGCUCGGGCCAGAGCAUCCUGAUACUCUGAGAAGUAUAGCCAACCUGGCAUCAAUAUACUGGAACCAAGGACGAUGGAAGGAGGCUGAAGAUCUCCACGUGCAGGUGAUGGAGACCCGCAAGCAGGUGCUCGGGCCAGAGCAUCCUGACACUCUGAGAAGCAUAGCCAACCUGGCAGUAACAUACUGGAACCAAGGACGAUGGAAGGAGGCUGAAGAUCUCCACGUGCAGGUGAUAGAGGCUAGCAGGCAGGUGCUCGGGCCAGAGCAUCCUGAUACUCUGACUAGCAUAGCCAUCCUAGCAUCAACGUACCAGAACCAAGGACGAUGGAAGGAGGCUGAAGAUCUCCACGUGCAGGUAAUAGAGACUAGCAGGCAGGUGCUCGGGCCAGAGCAUCCUGAUACUCUGAGAAGUAUAGCCAACCUGGCAUCAACAUACUGGAACCAAGGACGAUGGAAGGAGGCUGAAGAUCUCCACGUGCAGGUAAUAGAGACUAGCAGGCAGGUGCUCGGGCCAGAGCAUCCUGAUACUCUGAGAAGUAUAGCCAACCUGGCAUCAAUAUACUGGAACCAAGGACGAUGGAAGGAGGCUGAAGAUCUCCACGUGCAGGUGAUAGAGACCCGCAAGCAGGUGCUCGGGCCAGAGCAUCCCGACACUCUGUCCAGUAUGCACAAUACUGCUUAUACCUUGAGGUCAUUAGGUCAACUUGAACCUGCUUUACAUCUGAUGGCAGAAUGUGUCCGACUCCGCAGCCGAAUAUUAGGCCACGACCACCCGGAUACAAUAUCCUCAAUAUCUACUCUCAAUGACUGGGAUAGCACUGGUGGCGCAUCUACUGAAGUUCAAGUGGCGGAACAAACGAAUACCACUUCCACGGAACCCUCUGAGCGAGCUUCCACAACUGGUCGACCCCGUAGGCGAGCGGUCAUAUCUCGCCUAUUCUUCCGCAGAAAGUGA